AUGCGCAUUCGGCACCGGGCAGCCGAAGCCGCCGCACAGUGCCGAUUGCUCUCCGACUCGGCGGAGGCAGAGACAUACACACAAAAGUGCACUCUGUUAUGUCCGCUACAGCUCCGGACCUCAAGACGCCGCAACGCCGAGGCCGCACAGAACCCGGGUCGUCAUUCUGAAAGACUCGCUCCACUCCCACUCGACUAUGGAGACACAUUGCUCUCGGGUCUUUAG